GUCGGGCGGGAACGUUGCCAAAACUUUCAGGAUGAGUUGCGUCGCCGCAGUGCGGCUUUACAUCGACAAGAUGAUCGAGGAAAGUGGUCCAGGGAUGAAAGUCCUUAUGAUGGAUCGCGAAACUACGACCAUCGUGAGCGUGGUGUACGCUCAGUCCGAGAUCCUCCUGAAGGAAGUGUACCUCUUUGAGCGGAUUGACCUGGCCGGGGGCGACGCCAUGAAGCACCUCAAGUGCAUCGUCUUCGUGCGCCCCACCAAGGAAAACAUUGAGCUGCUGGUGCGAGAGCUCAAGCGCCCGAGAUACGGACAGUACUACAUCUACUUCAGCAACACGGUUAACCGCAGCGACGUGAAGGUCCUUGCGGAAGCAGACGACCAGGAGUCGGUGCACGAGGUGAGGGAGUUCUAUGGGGACUAUGUUGCCCUGGCGCCGCACCUGUUCUCUUUCAACCUCACGGGCUGUUUUCAGGGUCGCAACUGGAACCGAAGCGCCUUGGAGCGAACUGUCCACGGCAUCGUUGCGGUGCUGCUGAGCCUUCGCAAGAGUCCGGCCGUCCGUUACCAGGGCAACUCCGAGACAGCACGUCGACUGGCCGAGGGAGUGUCGCAACUCAUGACACGCGAGUCCAAGCUGUUUGAUUUCCGAAGGCCCGAGAUACCCCCCCUCUUGCUCAUCAUGGACCGCAGGAGUGACACAGUGACGCCGCUGCUCAAUCAGUGGACGUACCAGGCAAUGGUGCACGAGCUACUAAAAAUCAACAACAACCGCGUCAACUUGUCCCAAGUCUCGGGGCUGACCAAGGACCUGCAGGAUAUUGUCCUGUCCGAGGACAGCGACGACUUCUAUGCCGGAAACAUGUACCGGAACUUCGGUGAAAUCGGCUCCAACAUCAAGGACCUGAUGGAAGAGUUCCAGAGAAAAACCAAGAACCAUGAGAAAGUCGAAUCCAUCGCCGAUAUGAAGGCCUUUGUGGAGCACUACCCGCAGUUCAAGAAGAUCCAAGGAGCUGUGGCCAAGCACGUGACGCUGAUGGGCGAACUCUCGCGCCUCGUGGGUGCCCACUGCCUGCUCGAGGUGUCGGAGGUGGAGCAAGAGCUCACGUGCAACACCGACCACGCGGAUAUCCUCAAGCGGAUCCGGAGCCUAGUAACCAACAGCAAGGUGCGCGACAUUGACUGCCUUCGGCUGGUCAUGCUGUACGCCCUCCACUACGAGAAGCAGAGCGGGGGUGACCUCGCGGGAUUGGUGGAGCUUCUCAGGAAGCGCGGCCUGUCAGACAACCUCCUCCGGGUAACCGGCCAAUCGCGGCGCCGCCUAGACGCAAAGGCUGACCGCUCGUACUUCGUCUUCCAGAUGGUGUCUUCCGCCGUGGAGUUCCAGGAGCGGAAGUUCCAGCCAGGGGACAAGUUUAGUGCCGACAACAUGCGAGCGUUCACCAAGAAGGUGAUUAAGGGACUGAAGGGAGUGGAGAACAUCUACACGCAGCAUGUGCCACUUGUGUACGACAUUUUGGAAGACUUGCUCAGGGGCCGCCUCAAGGAAUCCUCUUUUCCCUACGUGCCUCAACAUUCUGCAAGGGACAGCAUGUUCCGGUUCCAAGACGUCAUUGUCUUCGUAGCGGGCGGUGUUACGUACGAGGAGUCUCUCUCGGUAUACAAACUCAAUGUUGCCAACCCUGGAACCCGAAUACUUCUCGGCGGAACCGCAGUGCAUAACUUUACAAGCUUCUUGGACGAACUAAAAUCAGCCACCGCCGACUUUGCUUCAAGAUCAGGCCGACAUCUCUACUGAGAAGUAGCAUCCGCUGUCUGUAUCCUGUGAAUCCCAACGUUUUCCCUUUUCCAUUGAACACCUGUUGGUUACCAGAAACUAUUACUGUAGGUAAAACAAGUGGUUUAACAACCCGAUUGUAGCUGGCCAAUAUCUAAAGAGCAAUGGUACACCAUUCCUUGCAGAACUAAACAACUUUAUUUGUGUGUACUUUGUGUAAUUUUGUGACACUUUUAAGUGAUUAGCUGGAGUGUCACGUUAUGUAUUCCAUGUACAGAGAACUGGACACACUGUCACAUGUUUUGAGGGACCCUAGUUAGACCUGGCGAAAUUGAAAAAAUGAAGGCUAGAACAUUAAAGUAAAAUAAUAUCUGAAUGUGACAAUUUGUGAUUGACACGAUUUGUUACCAUUAUUCCUUUAAUCUACAAGCAUUAGAUAAAAGCAGUGGAACAAUCGUUAAUUCUCAAGUUUUUUUGUUGUACACCGUUUUUGUUACAAGUUUAUCGACCAGGAUUUUUUGUUUAGGUUUCUAUUUUAUUGCUUUGUAACUUCUACUGAUGUUAUAUAUCAUGUGUGUAUUUAUAGUACCUCUACGUAUAACAAGUUGUGGAUCACCGUUUGGGUGUGAAAUAAAUGGUAGACAUCAGCGAUCUUACUUAAUCCAAUGUCUUUGUGACCCUUUAAUCUCUGUGAUAAAUUGCAGUCGAUUCUGUUUGUGUACAACCCUUUAUAAAUAAAGCUGUUUCUUUUCCCUUU